AUGGAGCUUCCCCUGCUGUGUGUACUGGUGGUGAUGGCUGGUGUAAUUCCAACCCAGGGCGGAAUACUGAACCUGAACAAGAUGAUUAAGCAAGUGACUGGGAAGACGCCCAUCUUCUCCUACUGGCCCUAUGGCUGUCACUGUGGACUUGGGGGCAAAGGCGUUCCCAAAGAUGCCACGGACUGGUGCUGCCAGACCCACGACUGCUGCUACGCCCACCUGAAGACUCAGCGAUGCCGUAUCCACAUGGACCAUUACCAGUUCAACUUUUCCCAGGGAGACAUUCAUUGCUCUGACAAGGGGAGCUGGUGUGAGCAGCAGCUGUGCGCCUGUGACAAGGAGGUGGCCUUCUGCCUGAAGCGCAACCUGGACACCUACAAGAAGCACCUGCGUUACUACCUGCGGUUCCGCUGCCAGGGCAAGACCCCUGAGUGCUAG